AUGUCAAUCAAGGACUUGUUGAAGGAGAAGGGCGGCAAGUGGAAUGGUGGACUGAAGUCGUGGCUUUUUCCUGGUAGCAAGAAGGCCGCCAUCAUCGAAGAUCUCCAAAGCUCCGACAAAGUCAAGAGCGUCGAAGACAAGACGGGCGGAGCUGCGCCAGCUGGCCCUGCAAGCCAACCGGUCGCAAAGCCUGCCGCCAAAGCACCUGCGAAGCGCUCGGCUGCGCAGACAAGCCCCAGCGGUGAGAGGGUCUUUGAGCUGGUAGACGAUGUCAGAGUCUCCAUCUCCGCGUUCAAGAACGAACACGGUGUUGACAUUCGAAAGUUCUACACCGAGAAGGUUACAGGGGAGCUCCGGCCAACACCCAAGGGCAUUCGGGUGUCGAAGGAAGAGUGGGAUGCGGUUUGCAAGGCAGUUCCCGACAUUGAUGCAGCCUUGCAGAAGGAUGAUGAGAAGUCAUGGAAUCUCAUCGCAGACAUUACGAUCUCCAUCACCGCUGGUGCUGUUGAUCUUCGUCGAUACUACGUGGAUGCCUGGCUGCCUCCGGCUGAAAUUCAAUGUUGA